AUGGUACAAGUAGCUUUCAACAUUACGGAGCCACUCACUCAAAUUGAAUUGGCUUCUGCAGUUACAAUUACAAAAUCGACCUUGGUAGACUAUCAAACAAAACAAGAAUUAAAUCACACUUGUGUUAAAUCUAGCUCGAGUCACCUUAUUGUAAAAGUGGAGAAAACCUUGAAGGUGGGAGAGAUUUACACCUUAGAAUUUGAAUUUAAUAGAGCGUUGGGAAGUACUGAAUUUCCUGGAUUUUAUCAUUACGACUACACAGAUCGGGAUGGCAAAUCAACGUAAGUACACUUGGCUAGUCUUUUUGUUAGACUAGUUUUAAGCUUGUGUCAAGCUAGUCCUUAUCUUUUGUCAAUAUAAGCGUGUUUUAAAUAAUAUUGUUAAAGUCUUUAUCAUUUACAAGUACUUUAUCACAAAUUUUAUUAACGAUUUAGUUCUUUGAUUGCAACAGCAUUAGAGCCAAUUCUUGCUCGGACAGUGUUUCCUUGCUUCGAUGAUCCGUAUAUGAAAUCAGUAUUUGUAGUAAAUGUCAUUCAUCCAAAGGGUUCUCAAGCUGUUUCCAAUGCUGAAGUUGACAAAGUUGUCAAGAUGAAAGAGUAAAAAGUUUUUUAUGGAUAUUAUUAUAUAAAUAUAAGCAACCUUUAGAUAUUAGAACAAAUAUUUUUUAUUUAAAAAAUCGCAAGGAAAAAUUAAAAAAGUACCAUUUAAAGAGGUUAGUAGUAUAGACCUAUAAAGAAGUCAAGCUGGGCCCAAUUUUUGCCCCAAGGUUUUGUUUCUAGCAAGUUUGCUUUGGAACGGCUCAGUUCCUUUAAAGUUUUCUAGCCGGAUGUUGUGCAUAGUGGGCCCGUUUAAAGUCUAGUUAAUAAGAUCUAUAUAAUAAAACAUUUGUAAGUCUAUAUAAUAAGUAAUUAAGUAGUGUUUAGCGGUCGUCUUGCCACUCAAUUUAAAACCAGCAUUAAAAUGUCAACGUACUUGUGUGCAAUUGCGAUAGGGGACUUUGCUAAUGCUACUGCUAAAACUUCUCGUGGAGUUAAUGUACGUAUUUGCUGUAAUAACAAAAGUAAUAACAUCAAAAAGUUUUACCAAGAAAUUGAGUUAAAAUAAAAAAAAGAAAAUUUAAGAUACAAACACUGUCGAUCAACGAAAAUGAAGGAUUUCUUCAAGAAAGCGCCGAUUUGGCCGCCGAAAUUGUGGACAUAAUGGAAAACUUAACGAAAGUUCAAUAUCCUCUACCAAAAUUAGGUAACUUUGUAGUUCUCCAAUACUUUUCGUUCAAGUAAUUCUGUGCCCCCUAAGGAAUGAGAGUAAAAUAUGGAUCAGAUAAUAUUAGGCUGUUCAAAUAGUUCUAUGCUCCCUACCUUCAAAAAAUUGCUUUGAAAGGGGGCACAUAAUUAUUUGAAAAACCUUAUACAAUACACAUUUUGGAAUCAUAACAAGCCCUCUCUUCUUAAAAAUUACUUUUUGGAAUUAAAAUUUGUUUAAACUUUCCUUUUAUGUAGAUCAUUUGGAAACAAUUCGUAUGGCCGGUAGUGGCAUAGAAAACUUUGGAUUAAUUGUUUAUGAUCAGGCUGUAACCUCUCAAAUAGAUAGAGAUGUGUUCCAGGAAUAUGAGGAGGCCAAGGUGACCGCUCAUGAAACUUCUCAUCAAUGGUGAGGUUUAUAUAAAUCUUUGAAUUUAGGUUACAGUAGAACUCUUGUAUUAGAUGCCGACAUAAAGAAUCCGCCAUUUUAUACAAGAAAUUACAGCAAAAGGAUGGCGGGUUCUUUGUGUCGGUACAUGGGUUCUACUCUUUUUAAAGCAUACUUUUCCAAUAUACCAAACCAAGACAAUAAUUUCAACCUAAUCAUUGCAGGUUUGGCGAUUUAGUAACUGGAAAACGGUGGGGAUUGGUAUAUCUUCAUGAAUCUUUUGCCACCUUUUUCCAGUACGAAAUUCGUCGUUACAUUCCAAAGUUCGAGAAGCUUUACGUAAGUUUUAAAACUUAAAAAUACAUACAGUAGAGGUUCUGUAUAAGGAGCUCCCCUAUAACACAACUUCUGUAUAACGAACAAAGGUUAAAUCCUUUUCGACUUCCACACAGUGCAUUUAAAACUCUUUGUACCGUAACUCCUUUAUAUAUUUUUUUGAAUUCUUGAGCAGUUCGUUAUACAUGAGUCCUACUGUUAUUUAUGAAGAAUUUUUACUAGAGCCAUCUUUUUUACUAAGCUAUACAUAUAAAACUUUACAUUUUGUAAAUUUAUCUUAUAUUCGAACAUUUCAGGACCAUUUUAGAGUGUCAGAGUAUUCAAGAGUAGUUGCUCUCCCUACGCCCCACCCAAUUGAAAGCGAUGAUGCGGUUUUUGAUCGUAAGUCUCUUGCCUUCACCAAAACAUUUUUUGAAACAUUUUGCUUUCCCCAGCCUAAAAAACUAAUUACUUGUUUUAGCUGUAAUAUACCAUACAGGCGGCAUGUUCAUUCAAAGUCUGAAGCAGUUACUGGGCGAAGAAAUAUUUUACAGAGCAUUAAACAUCUACCUCAACAAAUUCUACCUUGGAAAUGCUGAUACGUACGAUCUUGGUCUCAGUUUUGAAGAGGUAACAACAAAAAUCCGGUUAAAAAUACAGUAUUAGAGACAUCUUUACAAAAUUUUUUAAUUAUUUUUAGGCCGGAGCUGCCCCGUUUAAGGGAAAAAAUUUUACGACUGAUUACAUAGUACCGUACAUUCAAAAAACCGGCUUACCCACAGUAGGAAUAAGUGAAUUGAACAAGAAAUUCAUGGUAUAUCAAGAAAAUACUCACAGUGGCAACAUAAGGUUAGUACCAAUCCAUUAUGUCAACUUGGAUACAUUGGAAGAGUCUCGCAUCGAUCUUCCUAAUGACAACCCUGAUUUCAUAUACGUUUUUCCCAACAACAAUACAUAUCUUCUGAACCCGGAUCAACAAGCUUUUGCUGUAAUAACAAAAGAUGCUGCUGUUAAAUCAAGAGUUGCAACUCAUAAAAAUGUGCCAAAACUAUCGAUCAGUCGACAGAUGACAGUGCUGGUUGAGUAUGUUGAAGACAAUACUUUUUUUGAGUUUAUUACCAACAUUAUAGACUACAAUAAUGGAGUAUUGCCUGCCGAGUUUGAAGAUGUUAUUGUAAGUAAAUUUUUAUAACAUAAUUUAUGUUACUAAAAAUUAUUUUUAAAGGACCUGUAAACCCCCGAAAAAUCCCUGUUUGAAAUAUCGCCAUGAACCUGGCAUUACGUCUUAUCGUGGCAGGACCAAAAGGAAAUUCUCACGUAAAAUAUUUUCAGAAGUUUUUUUCAUGAAUAAUAUUUUAAUUAAUCUCCUUGAUUUCACUAGAAAUUGCUGUUAUAACUAUUGUCUAUGUGUUGUAAAAUGCUAUUGCUGGCUCGAGUUUUCCAGGUUUUAUCCGAAUUUACACUUUUAUGUUAUUAUAGUGUAUUUUCCGGUAACGUUUUGAGAACUUUGGCCAGAUUCAAGUUAGAACAACUUUAAAAGUUGAUUGGUAAGUAUUUUUUAUAAGAUUUAUGUUGUUUUAAAUGAAUAAUCAAUUUUUAGACUCCCACCAUUAAGUUUCAACUGUUUUGA